CAAGACCCCCCGCCCACCUGGGAACUCUGCAACGCCCGCAACAACGCCGUUCAUGUUGUUUUGUUUUCGGAGUAUCGACACUGCGUUCAAAAGCGGCUGCACUUCGCACCGGUAGGAAGCUCGCCAUUGCGACGCAUUGGUGUUGGAAAGAAGGACGCAUACAUAGCUCGCACCACCUCAUUGUAUUCGGUGAACGGCGUUACACCAAGCUGCAGGUUGGGUCUCCCCUGACAACUUCAAUAGUUCAUUUCCCGCACCAUGUCUGCUCACGACGGCCGUAUCAGCCCACUUCCGCCUCACUCGUCCGAGGAAAGCUCCGAACGGUCGUUCAACGCGGUGACCAACGUGAGCGAUGCCAAGGUCGCAUCCUCCGCCCCCACCGCCAAUUCCAACGAUGGCACGGCGACUCCGAAGGCCGAAGAGUCGACACACCUUGCCCACGGUUCCUGGUGGCAUACGCACUACAUCUUCCCUCAUAUCAUCUCCAAACCGCUCUUUGUCCUCUACAUCGUAACAGGGCUCAUUAUCGCCAUCUACGCUCUUUGCUACUUGCACGCGACAUGGGAUCCUAUGUCGCAUCUCCCGAACGUUCCCGUUGCCAUAUGCAAUGACGAUGUUGGGUACCAAGCUCUGGGCGACUACGACCCGCCAUCGCAGGCGGUCGCCAAAGCGCUCACAAACGGCGGCACACCGGUUGGCCAGUCUAUCACCAGCGGGCUUUUGAAUACGCCUGCGCUGCGGAACCGGUUGGCGUGGAAUGACCUCAGCGGGCAAAAGUUGACGCAUGAAGAUAUCAUUUCGUUGGUGGAUCACGGAGACUACUGGGGAGUCGUGUACAUUCCCGCCAACUUUUCGGACAACUUCCUCACCAACCUUCGCCUGAACGUUUCGGGAACCGGGGCACCAAGAGCGGCGGUUCCCCUAUCGGCGGAGUACAUUUUUGAUCAAGGCCGGAGUUUGACCGUGUCCAACUACGUCAGCGGCGUCGUUACGGCCUCCAUGUCGGCCUUGUCACAGCAGUUUGGGAUGAAACUGUUGAAUGCGACAGAAUCCAACCCGAAUAUCGUGAAACCGGUGUUUUACAUGUCGCCGUUUUCUUUGGCGUCAGGGAAAAGGCAUGCGGUUCUUACUUUCGGGGCGAAUCUAGUAACCUAUAUCGUUUUGUUGCUGAUGUGGUUGGGGGCGAUGCUAUCCGUCACUGGUGAGCGGCAAGGACUCUUUCCAUAUCGAAAUGGGAAAGAAACACACCCUUAACAUCAUUACCCUCCAUCAGUCAUCCACAAAGUCAUGCUCCC